UACAGAGGGCAAUUUCUUUUGGCAACCAUGAGCACCGACAGCGAGAUGGCGAUCUUCGGGCCGGCUGCCCAGUAUCUCCGGAAGUCAGAGUUGGAAAGGACGGAGGCGCAGGCCCGACCCUUUGACAGCAGAACGGCCUGUUUUGUCUGCGAGGAAAAGGAGGUGUAUGUCAAGGCCACCAUCCAGGACAAGGUGGACGGAAAAGUCAACGCUAAGACGGAAGAUGACAGGACAUUAACUGUGAGGGAGGACCAAGUGUUCCCCAUGAAUCCCCCCAAGUUCGACAAGAUCGAGGACAUGGUCAUGAUGACACAUCUCCACGAGCCAGCCGUGCUCUUCAACCUGAAGGAGCGCUACGCCGCCUGGAUGAUCUAUACGUACUCCGGUCUUUUCUGUGUUACCGUCAACCCUUACAAAUGGCUGCCGGUCUACAAUCCUGAAGUGGUCCAGGCCUAUCGAGGCAAGAAGAGGAUGGAAGUUCCGCCUCACAUCUUUGCUCUAUCCGAUAACGCCUACCAGUUCAUGUUGACGGAUCGUGAAAACCAAUCUAUCCUCAUCACUGGAGAAUCCGGCGCUGGAAAGACAGUGAACACCAAGCGGGUCAUUCAGUACUUUGCCACCAUCGCUGUGUCUCCGGACAAGAAGAAGGACGCCAAUAGCAAAAUGAAGGUCGUUGACCACCUUUCUGGUUCACAGGGAACAUUAGAGGACCAGAUCAUCCAGGCCAACCCUCUGCUGGAAGCUUUUGGGAAUGCCAAAACUGUGAGGAAUGACAACUCUUCUCGCUUUGGUAAAUUCAUCCGAAUACAUUUUGGCACCACUGGCAAACUGGCAUCAGCAGACAUCGAAACAUAUCUGCUGGAGAAGUCCAGAGUUUCAUUCCAGCUGGCAGCUGAAAGGAGCUAUCAUAUCUUCUAUCAGCUGACCUGCAACAAGAAGCCGGAACUCAUCGACCUGCUCCUCAUCACCACCAACCCUUAUGACUUCGCCUUCAUCAGUCAAGGCGAGAUCAGCGUGAAAAGUAUUGAUGACACUGAGGAGUUGAUGGCCACAGAUGAGGCCUUCGACAUUCUGGGCUUCGCCCCAGAUGAAAAGAUGUCUAUCUACAAGUUGACAGGAGCCGUGAUGCAUUAUGGGAACAUGAAGUUCAAACAGAAACAGCGAGAGGAACAGGCAGAACCAGAUGGCACUGAAGAGGCUGACAAGGCAGCAUAUUUGAUGGGUCUGAACUCUGCUGACCUUCUGAAGAACCUCUGUUACCCACGCGUGAAGGUGGGCAAUGAGUAUGUCACCAAAGGACAAAAUGUGCAGCAGGUGUAUAACUCCAUAGGCGCAUUGGCCAAAUCUGUCUAUGAGAAGAUGUUCUUGUGGAUGGUGCAGCGCAUCAACCAGCAGCUGGACACCAAGCAGCCCAGGCAACACUUCAUCGGCGUUCUCGAUAUUGCUGGAUUUGAAAUCUUUGAUUUCAACAGCAUGGAGCAGCUGUGUAUCAACUUCACCAACGAGAAGCUGCAGCAGUUCUUCAACCACCACAUGUUUGUGCUGGAGCAAGAAGAGUACAAGAAAGAAGGCAUCGAUUGGGAGUUCAUUGAUUUUGGCAUGGACCUUGCAGCAUGCAUCGAGCUUAUAGAAAAGCCAAUGGGUAUCUUCUCGAUCUUGGAGGAGGAGUGUAUGUUCCCAAAGUCAAAUGAUGUGUCCUUCAAGAACAAACUUUAUGAUCAGCAUCUGGGCAAGAACAGCUGCUUCCUCAAGCCUAAAAUUGCCAAGGGUAAGCCAGAAGCUCACUUCUCACUGAUGCACUACGCCGGCAUGGUGGACUACAACAUCAGCGGAUGGCUGGAAAAGAACAAGGACCCUCUGAACGAGUCAGUGGUGCAGCUGUACCAGAAGUCAUCUGUUAAGAUCCUGGCAAUGUUAUACGUUACCUUCUCUGGAACAGAUGAUGCACCAGCUGGGGGAGCCAAGAAAGUGUCAAAGAAGAAGGGGGCAUCUUUCCAAACUGUGUCAGCUUUGUUCAGGGAGAAUCUCGGAAAGCUCAUGACAAACCUAAGAACAACGCAUCCACACUUUGUGAGAUGCCUCAUUCCGAAUGAGACAAAAACUCCAGGCACUAUGGAGAAUCAUCUUGUCCUUCACCAGCUGCGCUGCAAUGGUGUGCUGGAAGGCAUUCGCAUCUGCAGGAAAGGAUUUCCUAGCAGGAUUCUGUAUGGAGACUUCAAGCAGAGAUACAGGAUUCUAAAUGCCAGUGCUGUUCCAGAGGGACAGUUCAUGGAUAACAAGAAGGCAGCAGAGAAACUUCUGGGAUCCAUAGAUGUGGACCACACACAAUACAAGUUUGGACACACAAAGGUGUUCUUUAAAGCUGGCCUCCUCGGCGCUCUGGAAGAAAUGAGGGAUGAGCGGUUAGCUCAGGUUGUGAAGUCCACGCAGGCACUGUGUCGUGGGUUUCUGAUUCGGCUGGAGUUUCAGAAAAUGAUGGCUAGGAAGGAGGCCAUCUACACUAUUCAGUACAACUUCCGUUCCUUCAUGAACGUCAAACACUGGCCAUGGAUGAAGCUGUACUUUAAACUCAAGCCACUGCUCAAGAGUGCAGAAGCUGAGAAGGAAAUGGCUCAGAUGAAGGUGGACUUUACAAAGCUCAAAGAAGAUUUAGCCAAGUCAGAAAACAGACGGCGGGAGAUUGAAGAGAAAAUGGUCUGUGUUGUUCAAGAACGAAAUGAUCUUCUUCUCCAAGUCCAGGCAGAGUCGGACAACCUGCUGGAUGCUGUGGAACGCUGUGAGGGACUCAUCAAGAGCAAGAUCCAACUGGAGGCCAAGCUAAAUGAAAUGACAGAGAGGCUUGAGGAUGAGGAGGAACUGAACGCCGAGCUGACAGCAAAGAAGCGAAAGCUUGAAGAUGAGUGUUCAGAGCUGAAGAGGGACAUCGAUGACCUAGAACUUACAUUAGCCAAAAUUGAAAAGGAGAAACAUGCAGUAGAAAACAAAGUGAAAAACUUGACGGACGAGAUCUUGACUCAAGAUGAUACCAUAACUAAACUAUCCAAAGAGAAGAAAGCCCUGCAAGAAUCCCAUCAGCAGACACUGGAUGACCUGCAAGCAGAGGAGGACAAGGUCAACAUCCUCACCAAGGCCAAAACCAAGUUAGAGCAGCAGGUUGACGAGUUGGAGGGUUGGCUGGAGCAGGAGAAAAAGAUCCGGAUGGACCAGGAGAGAGCCAAGAGGAAGUUAGAGGGUGAUCUCAAACUUUCCCUUGAGUCUAUUAUGGAUCUGGAAAAUGAGAAGCAGCAGCUGGAUGAGAAGCUAAAAAAAAAAGACUUUGAGGCUUCACAGCUCCAGACAAAGGUUGAGGAUGAACAAGCUCGAGGUUCACAGCUGCAGAAAAAAAUCAAAGAGAUCCAGGCCCGAUCUGAAGAGCUGGAGGAGGAAGUAGAGGCUGAGCGUGCUGCUCGAGCCAAAGUGGAGAAGCAAAGGUCAGAUAUGUCCCGAGAACUGGAGGAUGUCACUGAAAGGCUGGAGGAGGCUGGAGCGUCCACUGCCACUCAAGUAGAGGCCAACAAGAAGCAGGAGGUUGAGUUCCUCAGGCUGCGCAGGGAGCUGGAGGAGCGGUCGCUCCAGCACGAGGCCACGUCUGCCGCCCUGCGUAAAAAGCAUGCCGACAGUGUGGCCGAGCUCGGGGAGCAACUGGAUAACAUCCAGAGGGUCCGGCAAAAGCUGGACAAGGAGAAGAGUGAGCUAAAACUGGAGCUGGAUGACCUGUCCAGCAAUCUGGAGAGUGUUGCCAAAGCCAAGAUUAACUUCGAGAAAAUGUGCCGGUCGCUUGAAGAUCAACUAAGUGAGGAAAAAGCCAAAGAGGAGGAGCAGCAGAGGGUCCUGAAUGAUGUGUCCAGCCAAAACACUCGACUCCAGACAGAAAACGUUGAAAUGGCUCGCCAGCUGGAGGAGAAAACAGCACUCCUGUCUCAGCUCACUCGGGGAAAGCAAGGCUUCCUCCAGCAGAUUGAGGAGCUGAAAAGACUAAAUGAGGAGGAAGUUAAGGCCAAGAACGCCCUAGCCCAUGCCUUGCAGUCCACGCAACAUGAUUGUGAGCUACUUCGGGAGCAGUACGAGGAAGAGCAGGAGGCCAAGGCCGAACUACAUCGCUGUCUCUCAAAGGCCAAUAGCGAUGUGGCCCAGUGGAGAAACAAAUACGAGACAGAUGCCAUUCAGCGCAAUGAGGAGCUGGAGGAAGCCAAGAAGAAGUUGGCGCUGCGUCUGCAGGAAGCAGAAGAAGCUGUGGAGGCUGUCAACUGCAAGUGUUCAUCUCUGGAGAAGACAAAACAACGACUUCAAGGAGAAGUGGAAGACCUAAUGAUGGACAUGGAGAGGUCAAAUGCUGCCGCUGCCACCUUGGACAAGAAACAGAGGAACUUUGAUAAGGUUUUAGCUGAGUGGAAGCAGAAGUAUGAGGAAGGUCAGACAGAAUUGGAGUCGACUCUCAAAGAAGUGCGCUCUUUGGGCACUGAGAACUUUAAGAUGAAGAAUGCCUUUGAAGAAUGUCUGGAACAACUGGAGACACUCAAACGAGAAAAUAAGAACCUUCAACAGGAGAUUAUGGAUCUCACAGAGCAGGUGGGAGAAAUGGGAAAAAACGUCCAUGAGCUAGAGAAGUCCAAGAAACAAGCUGAACAGGAAAAGUUGGAGGCCCAAACAUCUUUGGAGGAAGCUGAGGCCUCCCUGGAACAUGAGGAGUCCAAGAUUUUGCGAGUCCAGCUGGAGCUCACCCAGGUGAAGAGUGAAGUGGACAAGAAGAUAGCUGAAAAGGACGAAGAGCUUGAUCAGAUGAAGCGAAACAGCCAAAGGAUAAUUGACUCGAUUCAAAACAACUUGGAUGCCGAGGUGAGGAGCAGAAACGACGCUCUGAGAGUUAAAAAGAAAAUGGAGGGAGACCUCAAUGAGAUGGAGAUCCAACUGAGCCACGCCAAUAGGCAGGCAUCCGAGGCUCAGAAACAGCUGAGGAAUGUGCAAGUUCAGUUGAAGGAUGUCCAAAUUCAGAUGGACGAUAUCCUGAGGAACAAUGAAGACAUGAAGGAGCAGGUCACUAUGGCUGAGCGCAGGAGCAACCUGGUGCAGGCGGAAAUGGAGGAAGUCCGAGUUGCCCUGGAACAAACAGAGAGGAGCCGCAAGUUAGCUGAGCAGGAGCUGCUGGAUGCCAGCGAAAGAGUUCAGCUGCUCCACUCGCAGAAUACCAGUUUGCUUAACACCCGCAAAAAGUUGGAGGCAGACUUUUCUCAGAUUCAAGGCGAGCUGGACGACAGCAUCCAAACAGCCCGGAAUGUUGAGGACAAGGCCAAGAAGGCCAUCACUGAUGCCGCCAUGAUGGCAGAGGAGCUGAAGAAGGAGCAGGACACCUCCGCUCAUCUGGAGAGGAUGAAAAAAAACCUGGACACCACCGUCAAGGACCUGCAGCAGCGUCUGGACGAGGCAGAGAGCCUAGCCAUGAAGGGUGGGAAGAAGCAGCUCCAGAAACUUGAAACGAGGGUGCGAGAGCUGGAAAACGAGCUGGAAGCAGAGCAAAGACACAGCUCUGAGACUGUGAAAGGGGCACGCAAGAUGGAACGCAAGAUUAAGGAACUCACCUAUCAGUCAGAGGAGGAAAAGAAGACAUCAAUGAGGCUCCAGGAGCUGGUGGACAAACUCCAGCUGAAGGUCAAAGUGUACAAGCGACAGGCUGAGGAAGCGGAGGAGCAAGCCAAUGGCCACAUGACAAAAUUAAGGAAGCUGCAGCACAAUCUUGAGGAGGCCGAGGAGCGAGCUGACAUCGCAGAGUCCCAGAUCAACAAGAUGAAAGUCAAAAGUCGAGACAUGGCCACCAAGGGCAAAGACAGUGGGGAGUAAUCGGUCUUGGUCUUGAAGACGUGUGCUGUGAACCACUGUCAUAGCCUGCAACAUACUCUUAAAAUAAUAUAGUGGUUAUGUAAAUGCUUAACGCCACUGCGUGGACAAACACCAGCAACAUUGAAUCGCCACUUCAAGUAGAAGCAUACAUUACUAGAGGUUCUCAGACUUUGAGGGUCCAGUAACCCCUCACAGAAUAUUAGCAAUUAAACUAACUAACUAGCAUGUGUAGGAUAAGCCCGCCCUCAAUGCCAAUGGCAUUGCUAUUUUUUCAUGUUUCAAUCUAAAUAUUCAUGAAGUUUGAAAAAAAGAGUAAACCAAAUUAAUCUUAAUGAAAUUAAAUAGUCACCAAUCUUCCCUAACUACGGUAGAAAUUCCGCUGUAAAGUCAGAUUUAUGUGAUAAUAGGUCACAGUCAUAAAAGGUGUUUAUAGAGGUUGUUUUUUUUUUUUUUUUUAGAUAA